AGAGGACCAAAGUGCAGCUGCUGACCUGGCAAAACUCAACCGGGCUGGACAGCCAUGCCCAAGUACUGCAGGGCUCCGAAUUGCUCCAACACUGCGGGCCGACUGGGCACCGACAACCGCCCAGUGAGCUUCUACAAGUUCCCACUGAAGGAUGGGCCCCGGCUGCAGGCCUGGCUGCAACGCAUGGGUCGUGAGCACUGGGUGCCCAGCUACCACCAGCACUUGUGCAGUGAGCACUUCACGCCCUCCUGCUUCCAGUGGCGCUGGGGCGUGCGCUACUUGCGGCCAGAUGCGGUGCCCUCCAUCUUCCGGGCACCGCCCCCCAAGAGUCAGCGGGGUACUCGAGGCACCAAGAAGCGGGUUGUGCCAUCUGCUGGUCCACAAGAGGCUACACCGCAGCCCCCAGGGUGCGCCCUCCCGUCCACUGGCCCGGUGCACCUCGUUGUGCUGGGCCCGGGGUCUGGGACCCCUGAAGCUGAAGGAACGGUGCUCCUGCCCUCUCCUUCCCCAUUGCCCACUUUCACUGGGCGACACCCUGACGUGCCCCCUCAGGAGGCCCGGGCCGGGCUGGGCGCGGCGCUGGGAGCACUGCAGCAGCGGGUGCGGAGGCUGCAGCGGCGCCACCAGCGGCACCAGGCGCAGCUGCGGACUCUGGAACAGCUGGCGCAGCAGCUGCACGGGCAGAGCCUGCUGGCGCGGGCGCGCCGGCGCCUGCAGCCCGUGCUCUCUGGGCCUGAGGAACCCCAAGCCUUCACCAUCAUCUGUGGAGGGCCUGAAAUAGCUGUGGUCCUUACACAAAGCCCUGCAUCUCCAACAAUGGACGCCAAGCCUGAGCUCCUGGACACUUGGAGCCCCAUUGCACAAGGAUCAGAACAGUAAUGUCAAGGGACAGAACAUACAGAAUGGAAGAAGAGAUACAUCACCCAUGGGCGUGGCUCAGCCCCACCAUCCAUGCCUGGGGAGCAGCAAUGCCUCUCUCAAGGGCCUGGGUUCCACGACCUCCCUCCUAGGGACCCCUUGAACCUUAGGGGUGACCUAGGCCCAAGUUCCCCAUCAGUUCCCAAUCUCCACGAUACCAGCCCUCUGCCACCCCUAGCUCAAAUCUUUAUAGUAGUAAAACAACCUUAGAGCAGAACACAGGUUGUUUGUUUGGAGAGGUUUGUACCUGGUUUCUGAAGAGCCCCUCACAACUUUUGUCAUGGCUAGUGCUGAGUUGGGGAUACCGCAGUGAACGGAGCUGAAAAUCAUCCCUGCCCUCAUGGUGCUCACAUUCGACUUGAAUAGGAGAUGAACUAGUAAACUUAAUAAACAAGAUAAUUUCAGACUGUGAUAAAUGCUAUAAAGACCGAAUUAAAAAGGUAAUUAAGAGGAGGGGUGAGGAGAGGGCUCUCUAAGGUCUGUUUGAGCAGAGAGACCUGGGAUGAUGAGAAGGGACUGGCUUGGAAGCCAUGUGGGCCAGGGUUCGGAGACGAGCAGCUCUUGCAGAGGGCCUACCACAUAGGGCAGUGUUUUUCAACCUUUUUUUUUUUUUUUUUUAAUCUCACAGCACACUUAAACUAUAGUUAAACUUCCACAGAAAACUUAAAUUACAUUGAUUUUCUUUAAAAAAGUGAAAAAAUAGGGUGGUGCCUGUGGCUCAGUGAGCAGGGCGCCGGCUCCAUAUACCGAGGGUGGCAGGUUCAAACCCAGCCCCGGCCAAACUGCAACAAAAAAAUAGCCGGGCGUUGUGGUGGGCGCCUGUAGUCCCAGCUACUUGGGAGGCUGAGGCAGGAGAAUCGCCUAAGCCCAGGAGUUGGAGGUUGCUGUGAGCUGUGUGACGCCACGGCACUCUACCGAGGGCAAUAAAGUGAAACUCUGUCUCUACAAAAAAAAAAUGAAAAAAUAUACUUACUGUGCUUUGAAUUUCUUUUGAAAAUAAUUAAUGA